AAUGUGGACUGGAUUCACGAUUGCGUGGUGAUGGUCGUGGCUGUGGAGGUGCGACCCAAUUCGCCGGCGGUCGAUGCCAAGAAGAUGCGACGACCCUGAUCCUCCUGCCUUGCCUCCAUUCAAGGUGGGCCGCGGCGGGAAUUCACCCACACACCUCUCCACACUUGCAUGGCAUCACGGCAAACGCUGCAGCACAUCGCUUAAGAAAGCCCGGCCCAGCGACCCUCUCUUGCUGGUGCUUGUCUCCUCCAUCGUCUCUGUCCAGGCCAAACAUCACGCAUCGAGCUCUCAUCUGAUCUCAUCCUGCCCACCACCCUUUCGCACGUCCGAUCACAGCGAGAGGUGAAUCACACUUCGCUUCUACACACGUCCAGCCGUUCACUGCAUUCCCUCCGGGCUGUAGCAGGAGAAGCAU